AUGGCCGCAUCCUUGGAUAUUGUCAACCAAUCCUUUGUCAACGAGCUCUCCAAAGGUACCCCUCUAUACGAAAAGACCCCAACAGAAGCACGCCAAAUCCUCGAGGACGUUCAGAAACACACACCAGCGCCUGAUGUCUCCCAAGAAGAGUUCGAGGUCCCCUAUGAGUCCUACAACGUGAAGACGAUCAUAUUCAGACCAAAAAAUGCCAGUGGUUAUCUACCUGCUAUCUUCUACACGCAUGGAGGUGGCUGGAUCCUGGGAAGCCCCACUGUUCACGGUUCUUUGAUGGAAGACCUUGCACGACAAACCAGCGCAGCUGUAGUAUUCCCAUACUAUAGCCCUGCCCCUGAGAAGCAGUAUCCUACUCAAUUUGAGCAAUCAUUCGCGGUGUUGAAGUAUAUUGCUGAGAAUGGGGAGAAGCAUGACUUGAAGACAGAUACGCUCGCUCUGGCUGGUGAUAGUGUUGGCGGUAAAACCACUUCUUUUGACGAACAGGAAGGGCCCUAA